AUGAACGAAGAGGAACCACGCCUCGUGCUUCUUAGCGACCUUGAGUUGUCUGGAUAUAAUAUAUCGCCCAAACCUCCUGGAAAAACUAGGUUUGUCGGCGAUCUCAACCAAUUUUCCGAAUGGCGAAACCCUAAUGUGUUCAACCUCGUCAGGAUCGAGAACAUCGAGGAUUUGCCUGAUUGCGCAUGCCUUGUGAUAUGGAGUUACUCUAACGCCGGCGGGUUCUUCUCCGACAGCGAAAAUCCUUUCCAGGAGAAGACAAGGGGGCCGUCGCCUGCCGUCGUUCUCCUCAAUAGAUUGGUUGAUCAUCAAAACACACAAGAAGCAGUGACAUACACAAACCAAAACGAAGACAUAGCAGAAACACCUAAUGGAUCACAAAUUUCUUCAAGGCAUGGAAGACAACCUCGAGGAAAGUCUGCCAUCGAAAAAGCGAUUGAAAAUAGUGCUCAUUUUAUUACGGAGUAUCGUGAACAACAUGGUGCUAUCCUUUUCUACCAAGAUGCCACUAACGUUCAUAGAGGUGUUGAUAUCCCCAAGCGUACACCAUUUUGGCGAGCUGCAAUACGGUAUCUUAACCAAGCUAACUAUGCAUCAACGUUUGUUGUCUUACCCAAGCCAACUUAUGCAUUCAGCAAGUUUUAAAUUUCAUAUUUUUUGUUCUGCAACUCAAUUUAUCUUCCACCAUUUUUCAAUUACUCAAGUUUUACCAAUCGAAGCCAAAGACAGCACACAUCUUUCCGACCAUGCUAAAACUAAAAACUUACAAAGGACAAGGACUUUACCAAAGAAAUGAAGUCACAGGAAGCCAUCAAUAUCAUCAUUCAUCAAGUAAGAGGAAAAGCUUGCUUUUGAUUGUUUAUUACAAUUAGCACAAAAUUGCGCAUA